GCUUUUAAGUGGCAGAGAGCGAGCGACAUUCAGCAUACUCGACGCUGGCCUAACAUUAGUUGCUCUUCAUCAGGCCCAACUCAUGAAAAAGCUUGAAUCUUUGUGACUUUAUCUAUAAACCCACAAAAUAUUCCGAUUACAAUCCGGCAGCCGCUUUAAGGGUUAGCUCCGUCCAUCAUCAUCAUGCCUGCCUCAAAGAUGGUAAUGGCCUCUCUAAUCCACCGCCGUCCACUAACUUGCGCCGCUUCUAUUACUCGUUUAGUCUCUCACCCACCUGAUCUUAUCAAAUGGGUGAGGCAUGAAGGUGGGUUUGUUCACCAGGCAGUGAAGAUAUCACAAGAUGGACGUAAUGGGUUUGGUUUGAUUGUAUCUGAAGCAAUUCCAAAAGGUUCUGAACUUAUUGUUUUACCUGAUCAUAUACCGUUGAAAUUUGGACCUUUAGACUUGGAGGGUGCAGAUGGGCCUCCAUCUGUUUUGGUUCAUUUGGCUCAGAAAGUUCCUGACGAACUCUGGGCAAUGAAAUUGGGUCUGAAGCUUCUGCAAGAAAGAGCCAAGGUUGGAUCUUUUUGGUGGCCAUACAUCAGCAAUCUUCCUGAAGCAUACAGCAUCCCAAUCUUUUUCCCUGGGGAGGAUAUAAAGAAUCUGCAGUAUGCUCCUCUCCUUCACCAGGUAAAUAAAAGAUGCCGAUUUCUUCUUGAUUUUGAGAAAGAAGUCGAGCAUACUCUCAAAAAUCUAAAACCAAGUGAUCACCCUUACGGGGGUCAACACGUAGAUGCAUCCUCACUUGGAUGGGCAAUGUCAGCAGUCUCAUCUAGGGCAUUCCGCUUGUAUGGAAACAAGCUUCCAGAUGGAAUCCAUAGUGAUGUCCCCAUGAUGCUUCCUCUCAUUGAUAUGUGCAAUCACAGCUUCAAUCCAAAUGCACAAGUUUUGCAAGAACAUGAUCCAGGAAAUGCUAAAAUGCUUAUAAAGGUUGUGGCAGAAAAACCAAUUGAACAAGCAGAUUCUUUGCUAAUUAAUUAUGGAUGUUUGAAUAAUGAUAUUUUUCUAUUGGAUUAUGGGUUUGUGAUACCUUCAAACCCUUACGACUGCAUUGAGCUCAAAUAUGACGGAGCUCUGCUGGAUGCUGCAAGCAUGGCUGCUGGGGUAUCAUCACCUAACUUCUCUUCACCAGCUCGGUGGCAGCAAAAGAUUUUAUCCCAGCUAAAUUUAGAUGGAGAUGCUCCUAUUCUCAAGGUAACAAUAGGAGGCCAGGAACUGAUUGAGGGACGCCUAUUGGCAGCGCUCAGAGUUCUUCUUGCAAAUGACAUGGAAAUAGUGCAAAAGCAUGAUUUAGACGCCCUCAAAUCUUUAUCAGUAAUUGCUCCUCUUGGAAUUGCAAAUGAAGUAGAUGCUUUUCGUACGGUCAUUGCUCUGUGUGUGAUUGCACUAGGACACUUCCCCACCAAAAUAAUGGAUGAUGAAUCCUUGUUGAAACCGGAUGUUUCAGCUUCAACUGAAUUGGCCAUCCAAUUCAGAAUCCAGAAGAAAUCCGUAAUCAUAGAUGUGAUGAGAGAUCUCACUAGGAGAGUGAAGUCACUUCUGUCAAAGGACAUGUCCACUACUCAAGGCUAAUUUGUUAUUGGAAGGGGAACCUUUCUUUCUAUGAUUUGUUUGACGUUUAUCGGUGAUGUUGCUCCACUAUUAUCAUGUAUGUUGCCAUUACUACCGUUGUUUCUUUUUAGUUUAUUUUCCUUUAUUCUCUUUAAUCUCUGUACUUUGUAGAAAAUUUUGAUCGACUGUAAUUGCUCGUAUCUCUUCUCAGUAGAGGUUUUAUUGAAGUUAAUUUACAUCCCAGAUUAUCUCUUA